AUGUUAGAAGGCCGGAGGGGAAGAGGAAAGUGAAGCGGCGGCGGGCAGGCCAGGCCAGGCCCGGCCCGGCGAGCGGCGCUCUCCUCCCCCGGGGCCCGAGCCCGGCCCGUACCAUGAUCACGGCCCCCGCUUCUCGGCGGGAGGAGUGACCGGUUCCGCAGGCAGCAGCGGUGGGGGAGGACGAGGAAGCAGAGGAGGGAGAAGGGGAAGACGCGGUGGCGGCAGCGGCAGCGGAGGAGGAGCCGGAGAGACGAUGCCGUUUCCUGUUACGACCCAGGGAUCACAAACACAGCAACUACAGAAGCAUUAUGGCAUUACCUCACCGAUCAGUUUAGCUGCCCCCAAGGAGUUUGACUGCAUGCUUACCCAGAAAUUAAUUGAAACCCUAAAACCUUAUGGUGUAUUUGAAGAGGAAGAGGAACUGCAGCGUAGGAUUCUAAUUUUGGGAAAGUUAAAUAACCUGGUAAAGGAAUGGAUACGAGAAAUCAGUGAAAGCAAGAAUCUUCCACAGUCUGUAAUAGAAAAUGUUGGAGGAAAAAUUUUUACCUUUGGAUCCUAUAGAUUAGGUGUUCAUACAAAAGGUGCUGAUAUUGAUGCCCUGUGUGUUGCACCAAGACAUGUUGAAAGAACUGAUUUUUUCACGUCAUUUUAUGAAAAAUUAAAACAACAAGAAGAAGUAAAAGAUUUGAGGGCCGUUGAAGAAGCUUUUGUCCCAGUUAUUAAACUUUGUUUCGAUGGAAUAGAGAUUGAUAUUUUAUUUGCAAGAUUAGCACUGCAAACUAUUCCUGAAGACUUAGACCUCCGAGAUGAUAGUCUACUUAAAAAUUUAGAUAUUAGAUGCAUACGAAGUCUUAACGGUUGCCGGGUAACCGAUGAAAUUCUGCAUCUAGUACCAAACAUUGACAACUUCAGGUUAACUCUGAGAGCUAUCAAACUGUGGGCAAAACGCCACAACAUCUAUUCCAAUAUACUAGGUUUCCUUGGUGGUGUUUCCUGGGCUAUGCUAGUAGCAAGAACUUGCCAGCUUUAUCCAAAUGCAAUAGCAUCAACUCUUGUACAUAAAUUUUUCUUGGUAUUUUCUAAAUGGGAAUGGCCAAAUCCAGUGCUAUUGAAACAGCCAGAAGAAUGCAAUCUUAAUUUGCCUGUAUGGGACCCAAGGGUAAAUCCCAGUGAUAGGUACCAUCUUAUGCCUAUAAUUACACCAGCAUACCCACAGCAGAACUCUACCUACAAUGUGUCCGUUUCCACACGGAUGGUCAUGGUUGAGGAAUUUAAACAAGGUCUUGCUAUCACAGAUGAAAUUUUGCUGAGUAAGGCAGAGUGGUCCAAACUUUUUGAAGCUCCAAACUUCUUUCAAAAGUACAAGCAUUAUAUUGUACUUCUAGCAAGCGCACCGACAGAAAAACAGCGACUAGAAUGGGUGGGCUUGGUGGAAUCAAAGAUUCGUAUUCUAGUUGGAAAUUUGGAGAAGAAUGAAUUCAUUACACUGGCUCAUGUGAAUCCGCAGUCAUUCCCAGCACCCAAGGAAAAUCCUGACAAGGAAGAAUACCGUACAAUGUGGGUGAUUGGAUUGGUGUUCAAGAAAACUGAAAAUUCGGAAAAUUUAAGUGUUGAUCUUACUUACGACAUUCAGUCUUUUACGGACACAGUUUAUAGGCAAGCAAUAAACAGCAAGAUGUUUGAGAUGGAUAUGAAGAUUGCUGCAAGGCAUGUGAAACGAAAGCAACUUCACCAACUGCUACCUAAUCACGUGCUUCAGAAAAAGAAAAAGCAUUCAACAGAAGGGGUCAGGCUGGCAGCUCUGAAUGACAGCAGCCUCGACUUGUCCAUGGACAGUGAUAACAGCACGUCUGUGCCUUCGCCUACUAGUGCUAUGAAGACAAGUCCAUUGAACAGUUCAGGAAGUUCUCAGGGCAGAAGCAGUCCUGCGCCAGCUGUAACAGCAGCAUCUGUGACCAACAUACAGGCUUCUGAAGUCACUGUGCCACAAACAAAUUCCAGUGAAAGCUCAGGGGGUACUUCAAAUGAAAGCAUUCCUCAAACUGCCACGCAACCAGCCGUUUCUCCACCACCAAAGCCUACAAUCUCUAGAGUUCUUCCCUCAGCGCAUCCAUUAAAUCCAUCACCAAGAACUUCAGGAAAUGUUGCAACAAAAACACCUAGCCCUGUCACAGCAGUGAAAAGGACAUCAUCUCCCCAUAAAGAAGAGUCUCCCAAGAAAAUAAAAAUUGAAGAGCAGGAUGAAAUAAGUGAAGAUGCUACCUGUAUAGAUGUGAAUGAGCAUGAAAAAAUGGAAACUAAGGAACAACUUGAGACAGAAGUGAAUGUUACUUCUCAACCAGAAGCUCUUCAGACAACUUCUCUGCAAGCUCCUCAGAAAACACCCAGUACGGACCUUUCGGAUAUCCCUGCUCUCCCUGCAAAUCCUAUUCCUGUUAUCAAGAAUUCAAUAAAAUUGAGAUUGAAUCGGUAAAGACAACCUCAGGGGUCCAUAAACAGUAUCUGCCAACUCAACCUGUUGUCUUCUAAUGCAAGAAAAAAGGAGAACGAAGGGUGCAAGACUAGAACGCGAUCGCAAUGGAUUUAGGUAUAUUUUGUGCACUUCCCCUUCUGGGCUAAAAUCACCUGGAUUGGAAGUCCAGGCUAGUAUGUGAAGCCAGGAGUACUAUUAAUGUGUUAGCAACAGUUGCAUUAAAUAUUUCGAAGGAUUACUGCCUUUAAAAACACGAACACUAUUUGUAGCCAUAUUUGACAUUCUGAUUGAAUUUAUGUUCAAUGCAUUGUUUCAAAAAUUGAGAUAAAACUGGCAUAAGAAUCCCUUAAAUGCACUUUUAUGUACUUUUUUAUUGGAAUAUGACUAAUUUUAGAUCUUCAGCUGAUACUUUCAUUUUAUUGAAGGAUCUCUUCAAUACAAGUAAUCUGCAAAUUGGCUGAUGUUCUAUGACAUACUGUACAUCGAAAGCAAUGUAUAGCAUGUCUAGUUCAACUGCCAUCAAGCAGCAGUAAGCCUUUACAGUGAAAUGUCAAAUCUUGAGGUUAUAAGACAGGUGUUAAGAAAAUAAUUGGGGAGGUUUUGGUAUUGGUGGGACAUGAUGAAGAUAUAUGGUCUACUUUUAUUUAUGGAAUUAUUUUAAAGUGCAUACAGAGCAGCAGUCAAAAGAGCAGCAACUUUUCUUUGAGCUAAUCAGUCUCCUUAUGCCCUUUUUGAAACCUUGACUAUAUUUCUUGGGAAAAGCUUUUGCGCUUAGUUGUUUUUGUUUCUUUUUUCUAGCUUGUAUGCACAAUAUAGGACAGUUGUUAUAACAAAGAAGAACAAGAAAAACCCUUAAUUUGUUGAGGUUUUUUUCCCACUUACCUUACAACAAUACCUGUGGCUUGUAGGCACAAAUUCAAAAUUUUAUCCCAUGAUUAAAAAGUUCAAAUAAAUAUUGUGUGCCUGUGAGAAAUAACACCCCUUUUGAUGGCCUUUGGAUCACUAAAUAUAAGAUGAUUUUUGUACACUCCAGAAAAGUCCUGUAUGCAUUAAAAAGCUGCAGAUUUUAAAUAAAGGCAAAAAGAUUUUUUCCCCAAGAAUUUUAACCUUUUUAUUUUAGAUGGCUCAUCAGAAAUAGUUUUACAUACUGAACAACAUUGAACUUUUAAAAAUCAUAUUUCUUGCAAGCACUUGACAUCUAGUAAGCUCUCUUACUCCUAUCUUUUGUUCUGUAGUCCUAUCCAAAAGAUUAGUAACAACUUUUUCUUUUAAAAGAACUGAGUCUCUCACGGCAAAGAACAUCAGUAUUUGAGGAAUGUGAGGGAUAUCAGCAGUAAUACCAGAUGUAGAUAACAAACUUCAUGUUACUGUUACUUAGCCUGAAAUAAGUGGGAUGUCAAAUCAUACUUCUCAUAUUUUGAUUAGCAUGUUUUAUGAACUCCCUUCUCCCAUUGUGCUCCAUCCUAUUACACAUGCAUCUUUCAUGUUAAAAUUAAAAUACUUACACUCUUCCCCUUAUCCUUCUAAAUUAAUUUUCCAAAGUCAGAGUGUAGCUUAUCUUUUACUUAGGCUGUGCAGUAACUGAAGGGUUUUUUCUUUUGCCAUUUGUCUGAGAUGUCUAGUAAACAGUACUUCUUUUUACCUUGGCCUGUGCAGCCUGCUGUCGUCCACCCCCAAAGAAGGUUAUAUUAACAGUUGAAGUGUACAAGGUGUCUGUGUAUUUUGUGUAGCUAUGGAGUUUAGAUCGAAAUUGCCAGGCACAAAUUUAGUCUUGUCAUUUUGUUUACACAUCAGAAGAUCUUUUUCAUUUUAUUAAACGUUUCAUGUAACUGCACCCAAGUUUUACCAAGCUGGAAACUUGGAAUCUUUCUGUAUAGUGACUUUUUAAUUCUAGUUUUCAUAACCUGGAGAUCAGACUGUUGCUUUCGCAUGAUGUACGUAGUGUCUCAUGACUGGAGUUUGCUUUGUUUUAUAGUAUCUGUACUCCUUGUAUUUUUCAAGAGCUAUUUUGUAAACAGAUGAUGUAUUUCUCCAUUGAAAACACAAUAAAAAACAGCACAAUCCCAUAGCGGCCUGAUUCUUCUCAAUGUACAAAACAACUUUUACUCUGAAUUACAAGUUGCCUGUUAAAUUUUUUGGUGAAUAUAAAAUACAAUAGCACCUAGAGAAAUAAAAACUGCAUAAAGGAAUAUUCUGUAAAUAAACCUGAUGUUGGAUUUGGGAAGUAACAACAGGAUGCUAAGUUUCAGUCUGUUAAAGGGAAAAAUUGUGUGUUUGGUGGAUUUGGGGGUUUGGAUCUGCAGGUAGAAUUUAUUGACAAACGCAUUCUAAGAGCAUCUUUUUUCCCUAUCUCCGGAUUAGGACUCCAUUUCAAAAUACUGAGUUCUUUAAGGGAUGGCAAAACUAGAAGAAACGCAUGUAUAAACAAUCUGGGGGUGUACUGUUGUCUCUGAAAGUUUGAACUAAACUUUAUUUAAAACACUAACUGUAAAAGU